AUGGGUUCUCGGAGACGAGGCGUACGGGAAGGAAUUCCUAAUGUUAACUACGAGAGGGAACAAGAGACGUUUAUGACUACCAUGAACGCUGUGGCUGAGGCAGUGUGUAAGGCUGCAGUAGCAGCGGCUAGGGCUGUUGAUCGUCUUGGACAUGUUCCGGAAGGCCAACAUGUGGAGUUUGCUACUUAUAUGCUGGAAGGAGAGGCUGAGCAUUGGUGGAAGGGGGUACAGCGACUAUUGCAACAAGAUGAAGGCGAUAUUCCUUGGAAUACUUUUAAGGAUGAAUUUUAUAAGAAGUAUUUUCCGAGGGCAGCUCGUGAUGCUAAGGAGAUGGAGCUUGUGCAGUUGAAACAAGGGGAUAUGACUAUUGCUAAGUAUGCCCGUAAUUUUGAUGACUUGUGUUAUUUCUCCAAGAUUUGUCAAGGGGAUCCUGCUGACCUUGAAGAAUGGAAGUGCUUGAAGUUUGAAGGAGGCCUUUGUGUUGAUCUGAUGAGUUCAAUAGUUUCGCUGGAGAUACGUAAUUUUGCCGAAUUAGUCAACAAGAGCAAGUUAGUGGAAGAAUGUAUUAAGAAAGUGACUGUGGCUAAAGUGAGUCGUCAAGGAUUUCCACCAAGGAACUACAAUAGCUAUAGUUGGCAACCACGAAGGAUAAACUUCAAGACCCCUGGUGUGCCACAACGAAGGAACCCACAAGCUGGUAACGCUCCUGCUCGCCCUACGAGUGGAAACGGAGGUAAAGUAAGGCAAGAGCAUGAUAACAGGUCUUGCCAGUUUGGAUCACCUAACUGCUAUGCUUGUAGAGAACUUGGACAUAUUGCCAAGGAUUGUCCAAAGGGAUUUACUCGAAAUCCAGUUAGCACUCAACAACAAGGACGAGUGUUUGCUAUCACUAUUAACGAUGUUGUGGAAUCGAACACCCUCAUUCAAGGUCAGGUUAUGUCAAGAAUCGAUUUCUAA